UUUCUGGGGCUUCAGCACACAAAGGCUCCACUAUUUGCCCUCCUCGUCGAGGCAUCCUCUCCCUUGUACAGGAAAGGGUAAACCAACCGGAUCCUUGUCGAUUGACCGUCUCAAAGGCCGGCAUCGCUUGGCAGACUUCUUUCCAGACUGUAACAAGGAGGACCGCGCGGAUCAAGUCGUUUGUAUACAUCAAAGAACGUCCGCUCACCAACCGUAUGGCUGAUUGAUUAGGUUGCGCCGUUCUAUAUUCUGAGUCAUUAAAGUUCAAGGGGGAUUAAAGACAGUUGAAAAGAAAACGUUUACAGCAUUCUAAAAUAGGCCGUCUGCAAUUUGCGUCCUCGAAUGGAUACACGUUAUUAUGGCGUUCUGCUAAUGGAUAAUGCUACCGGUGAAUGCAAAGUAAAAACUCCAGUUAGACAAAUUGCUGUUAGAAUCAGUCGUCGAACUACGAGAGUAAAGUGCAUAAUUUUGUGUGGGGCCUCGUGAAGUCGAUAUGAGAAAUGGUCGAAAUGUUCCGACACCACAAACUGCUAAUCUUGUCGUCAGCCAAUAGAUGGUCCCAAGCUUAUUUAUGCCUGCAAUUUCUACUAUCCGGAUUGGUGCAAGGUCGUGUAGUUGUUCGGGGCAUCGCAGUUUUGACGGCGGAUGGUUUCACUAUUUCGAAUAAAGCGUCCCCAACGGUGAUUCCGUCGAAUGUCGGCGGUAUAGUGGACGGGGUCCCCGCUCUGAAGUCAUCUUUUGUACUCGAUUGCGUCUACGAGCUCGUGCCCUCAGGCGGGCACGACAAUAGCACCCUCAAGAACGUCAGCGAAUCGAUGACGCUUUCCCCGCUGUCCGCAUUGGCCGUGAGCACUGUCACCAGUCCCAGACAAAUCGUUUCCAGCGUCCGACAGAAGGGGGGCAAUGUUACCAACGUGUCAGACUCGACGCCUUUUUCUAGCCUGGAUAAAAAACGAACGAAUAGUGAAAACCGUUCAGUAGUUCCACGGGUUGUAAAGUGGUUUCGAAAUGCAGAAUCUACCCCAUUUUACCAAUGGAUACCGGCAGCUCGAUCAAGACUGUUCCAUCAUGCAUACAAAGAUUUACUGGAUCCGUUGUACAAGCACAGCGAUCAACCAGCAAAUAUGUUCCGUGCAGUGAGAAUUAUCCGACCGGUGAAGGAGUUGUCUGGUAAAUUCAGCUGCGAAGUAGAAAGUGAUGAUGUCGAAGAAAAUGAAGUCGAAGAACACGAAGAGCAGACGGCUACGCAUGAGCUGCUUAUCUACGAUGCCCCGGUAGACUUUGAGCUUCACCUCAGUCUAGCAUUGCGUCAGCUUCGAUGCGGGGCGUGGACAAGCGAAGAGCCGACGUCUAUUGCAAUUAAACUGUUUCGCCAAGAUUACGACAUGUGGCAAAUGCCUCUUGGGCACCGGAUGGACCUGAAUUUAACAAGCAAACUUUCGCGAUCAUCGCAGAUACCUAUAAACGGUGAAACAUCUCAGACAAAUCCAUUUGAGCCUUUACAAGGACUGCGAACUCGCAUGAUUUCUGGAAACCACGGACGACUGGUUCGCCUGGAAGCUAUAGCAAGACUGGGUGCUGAGGACGUAAAACAUUUGGAAAUUGAUACUAGUCGGACGUUCGUUUGCGAAAUUAGUUAUAAUCGUCUACAAAGAUCAUUUAAUAUUGCAAACUUGCCAAAUAGUCACGGACUACCGAAACUUGCGUUAGACCACGUUUUUCAAAGGAGUGUACGCAUUCUGAAUGAAUCGCCCUUGUCUAAUACGGACUACGAAAAUACAGUCGAGGGGCAGAAUCACGAGCCGUUUUGGCGUGUUUGGUCAGCCGCUGUUACGUCUGGGGCACAAUCGCCAUCGUCAUCAGUACCAAGCCAGGGCGAAACUGUAACCUCAUUGCUACUGCUCGUUUGGUGCCUCCAUCCGCUGUAAAUAGACACAAAAAAGAAGUCUUUGUAAAGAAAAUACAUAUGUAA